AUCUCCGUGAAAGACAUCUAUACAUUUUUCUAUUUCCGGAUUUCGCUCCUUCUCUCUCUUCACACUCCGUCACUCUGUCUUCACUCUCACUCAAAAUCGUCUGCAUUUUUCAUUUUCAAGCUCCCAAUUUCUUCGCAGUCUUUUCGCUUCGAAUUCAAUCGAAAUCGCCAAGCAAACAAUGAGUUCUCAGCCGGAUAACGUCAAUCCAUUCGCUAACGGUUCAGGUGCUGCUGGUUCAAAGUUCCGCCUCCCUAACUUUGGGUUCGGUCAGAAACAUGAUGCCACUGAUGAUGUACCAUUGGAGACCAGGAAUGAUCCUAACAAAGAGAGAGAACUUGCUGAUUGGGAGGCAGAUCUCAGAAGAAAAGAGUUGGACAUAAAGCGUAGAGAAGAUGCUGUUUCUGGAGUUGCUGUCGUUGUAGAUGAUAGAAAUUGGCCACCUUUCUUCCCAAUGAUACACCAUGACAUAGCCAAUGAGAUACCUGUUCAUGCUCAGAAGUUGCAGUAUAUGGCAUUUGCAAGUUGGCUAGGUCUCAUUCUUUGUCUUGUAUUCAAUAUAAUUGCUGUAAUCGUCUGUUGGAUUAAGGGAGGAGGUGUCAAAAUUUUCUUCCUUGCGUCAAUAUAUGCUUUACUUGGUGUUCCGCUGUCAUAUGUACUGUGGUAUCGACCACUUUAUCGUGCAAUGAGGACAGAUAGUGCCCUCAAGUUUGGCUGGUUUUUCUUGCUCUACAUGAUCCAUAUCCUUUUUUGUGUCUUUGCUGCAAUUGCUCCUCCAAUUGUGUUUCAUGGGCGGUCUCUCACGGGAAUCCUUGCAGCAAUUGAUGUAUUUCCUCAAAGUGUUCUUGUUGGGAUUUUUUUCCUGAUUGGAUUCGGGUUCUUUUGUUUGGAAUCACUCCUGAGCUUGUGGGUUCUUCAGAAAAUUUACAUGUAUUUCAGGGGGCACAAAUAGAUUUCUCCUAGUAUACAAGAGCUUCAUUUGGUUUGUAUUAUAACCUUCCGUACCCUUCCAGCCCUGCAAAGAGAGUUCGAAUUUUUUUUCUUGGGCGUGUGUGCUAUUCAAAUAGACAAACCUAGUUGUAGUUUGUGCAUACCAUGUAAAAAUGUUAAGGGCUGUCCAUACCCCUUGAUUCAUUUUAUAAACUCGUCCUUAAAGUUGCUUAGUCUGUAAAAUCGAAUAUGAAUAUUCUUCCCGUUGUUUUGGUUUGUGCACUAGAUGUUUGCAAGUGCUAUGAUUUAAAUGAGAUUUUUAACUGACA